UGUGGAAAUCUGUGUUGCUAAGACAUCACAAACAGUUUACAAAUGUCGACUCUGUAAUUACCAAAUGGCUAAUGUGGGUGUAAACUUAAUUUCUGCGUCCAUUUCGCGCCAGGUUACAUAUGUUUUGCUCUUCAUUUCCUUGGUUCACGCUCAGGACAUUGUUGUUUUCCAGCCGUCAUUCUUAACUGCUACUGGACCCACAGUCACCGCAUUUCUGCUCGGAAACACAUCAGACGUGUCUCUGAAUCUGAGAACCGUGUCUCCAUCCAACACAACAGGGAGCGUUGGAUCCCCAUCAUGUGUUCCUGAAGUAACACGAUGGAUGCUCACAAAGGAACAGGUGGAAAAGACUGCAGUUCGGGUUCAGCUGACACGAAAUCAAAGUCUACAUGCAUGUAGUGACAAUGAUACAAACACUGACUGUUGUACAAAGCUGCUGUGUGUCCUGGAAACCCUUCAGGUGACUGCUUGUGUUGGCAAUACACCCAAGGCAUCAUUACUGAUCCAGGCCACCAUACAUGCCCGGUUGUUUCCUGCUUGGACUGGAUAUGAUAAUAAAACAGUCAUUCCAAAUCAAGUGUACCAACCACUGGGGCCUUGUCCCUGUGACCUAACAGUCAGAUCAUGUGACAUUCGCUGCUGCUGUGACAAGGACUGCUCUAGUGAAGACUUGAAGCUGUUUGCAUCCUAUUGUCUGCCAGGGCCCUUUGGGGGACAGGUCUCUCCCGAUCCAGAUUAUCAGUGCUCUGUGCAGUCCUCUAAAAAUUCCCCCGAUUGGUUUCCAUUUCUUUGUGUCACUUCUCCACCUGAAAACAACCCCUAUCUUGGCUUCUUUUACCAUGGCAGCACAAUUUCACCUAAGUCUGGCCCAUCCUUCCAAAGGCAGACACUGUCCGCUCCCAUGCCAGUUAAUCUAUAUGUUCAAGGUAGACCAAUUGUAACAUUAAACAACCAGUACUUCAGUAUUCCUCAGAAGGUCCUCGGACAGUGUGUAAACAGUGCUCCUGUUGCAUUUUUGAAAAAUUUUGAAGUCGAGUGUGUAACUCUUCUCCACUCCUGUCCAACUGGAUUCCCAUUACAGACACUACCAGCAGAUUUGAGCGUUCAAGUGAUGAAUGGUCAAGGCGGAGAUGUCGUGGUAAAUGUAACUGAUGACAUUGCCACUGACUUAAAUCCAUUUAUUUCUGAAAUCAGUGCAGUUUCCUCUACUGCUCACAGGCUGGUAUGUGAAAAUGUGACGUUGGCCUUGGAUUAUAAAUUCUUCUGGCAAGGAAAUAGUAUUACAGCUAUCACACUGACACGCACCAUUGGGACUCUUAUCUCAGAUGUUAGUGUAGCAGCAUUAACUACAAGAUAUUCUGCUGUGUUUCUCAAUGGAAAUUUCAUUGCUGAACCCAACUCCGGGAACCCAGGUUAUCAGGUGGGAAAGCCUGUUAUAGCUGGAAUUAUGGACAAUAAUUCAGAGUCAAUGCAAAGGACGUCCAUCAGUAUUUGGAAACCAGUGCAUGAUGGACUCUGUUCCACUGCUGAGAAGAAAGUAGUUUUAUUUGGGGAGAAUUCAACGUCAGGAUGCCUGCUACCUGUCGGACAACAGAUCCCAACUCAGUGUAAUCUCUUAAGAGAGGUGGUCACUAAUCUGCAGGCAGAUUUGAUUACAUCCACAUAUGUGGCAAAGCGUGGGAACCCUGAUCUUCUAACUCUAACAGACUGGAUGAACAUAAGCUUUGUGACACUGAACUCAAGCACAACUGUGAACGACACUGCAAGCACUUGCAGUGGUAUUCCAUCCCACCAGGAUAUUCUGGUUUGGAGUCUUAUCACUGGCCUGGUAGAAGGUGUACCUCAAAGGGAAAUCCGUGAUCUACAAGUAAGCUAUAGCCUGUCCACCUGGACGUGGGACUGUGGAGGGAAGUCUUUAUGUGAGGAGAUUCAGCUUUUCCCUAUCACUUCCUCAGUCACUUUCAUUGACAUCCCUGUCAACGCAGAACCACCAAAAACCAGUUUUCAGAUCAACUUUACUGAAUAUGACUGUAGCAGGAAUGAUGUGUGUUGGCCUGAGCUUGCCUUUCCCAUCACCAGAUAUUACACAGGUGAACCAUAUUCUCAGUCAUUGGCUAAGGGCAUGAUCCUGGUUUUCUUUUUUAUCGCUGCCUCGAUUCUUGGGACUCCAUGGAGACAAAUCAGACAGGUCUGGUAUAGCACCGCUCUCUAAAAUAUGUAAAAGAUGACUCUCAGAUAAUUGGAGAGCCAGAGGCUAAAGGGUGUUGUAAUUCAUUGUCCAUUAAAGACUUUUUAAAAUGUUGUAAUAGAAAGGAGUAUGUAAUUUUAUUUUUUAUUGUAAUGUUUAUAACUGUGUGAAUAUUCCCAGUUGUACUGAUUCACCAUUCUGUAAUAAAAUAUUUUUAUAAUAA